GUUAAUUGGCUCGGCGAGGCUUCUCUAACAAAUAAACAUAUUUAAUAAAAAAUGAAAUUCCCUUGUGAGCGCGCUGUACUCGGUUUUAGAGUGGUGUCAGAGUGAGUUUAUUGAAAAAGAUAGAUGAUGAUUUUAAGGAUACUCGUGUUUGGCCAUGAAUCGGAAGGUGAAGAAUGCUAUUAGGAGAAAAUAUUACCGCUCCGGCAAUGUUACCUGAAGAGUGGGAUAUUAUUGAAACCAGAAAAAAUUUAGUAUGAUGCUUGGCGAUUUGAGGUAUAUUAAAAGGGAAAACUGAAGGCACCUAGAUCAUAUCGUUGGACGUUUGUGGAGGCAGGGGAAGGCACUGAAGAAAAUGGAAGAUGGUCCGACAACUAUAGUUGACAAUCUUGCGGGCAUUUCAGAUGCAUUUGAUACGGUUGAUAGUGGUGGCUACUCAGAGGACGUGACAUCAGAAGCAUUGAAGCAGACGCAGGAAAAUGGCAGUAUGUCUGUUGAAGGAAUUUCUUUAACUGCCGAUGAUAUUAUACAGAUGGAGUUUAGUGAUCCUAAGCAGGCAGCACGUUUGUAUGAGGAGUACAGCCAUGUGAGAGGUUUUGGUAUCUGACAAGGGAAGAAAAUAAGAAACAAGAAAGGUGAAUUUUUGCGAUUCACUUAUCUGUGCAACCGCGAAGGCUUUAGAGAUAAGAAAUGGCUUCAGAUGCAUCAUCGUAAAAGGGAGCAUAAGGUUGUUACUAGGUGUGGGUGUCCAGCUGAGAUGCGGAUAAAACCAAGAGAUAGCACCGGAAAAUGGUACGUGUCACGUUUUGUGGACAAUCACAACCAUGAUCUUCUACCUGCCAAGUUUGUUGAGUACUUGCCUUCACACCGUAAAAUUUCAGAUGUUGACAUAGUCCAUUUGGAUAGCAUGAGACAAGUUGGGAUAUCAAUUCCAAAAAUAUAUGAGUCGAUAGCUGCACAAGCUGGUGGUUUUAAUCGAGUUUCAUUUACUAAGCGAGACAUGUACAAUGAAGUUAGGCGGCAGCGAGCCCUUCAAAAUGGCGAUGUGAAUGCUGCCUUGAGGGCGUUAGCCAAUGCAUCAAGGAUUGAUGAUAGAAUGUUUUGGCGGUAUGAAGUUGGGGUUGGGAAUCACAUGUGUGAUUUGUUUUGGAGCGAUGGACGUAGUCAAGAAGACUACAAAUUAUUUGGAGAUGUUCUUGCUUUUGAUGCAACAUAUGGACGGAAUAAAUACAAUCUUCCGGUGAUUGUUUUUUCCGGGGUGAAUCAUCACAUGCAAACUUGUGUUUUUGGCACUGCAAUGGUUUCCUGUGAAUCACAAUCUUCAUACGUGUGGGUCUUGACGAAGUUCCUCGAGUGCAUGGGUGGAAAACCACCUACGGCGGUUAUCACUGACGGGGAUAGAUCUAUGCAUAUAGCAAUCCAGCAAGUGUUUCCCGAAGCUCACCAUCGGCUCUGUGCCUGGCAUUUGAUAAGGAAUGCGACAACCAAUGUUUGUAAUCCAAGAUUCACAUCUUUGUUCAGACAUUGCAUGCUUGCAGACUUUGAGGUUGAAGAGUUUGAAAUGCACUGGCAAGCAAUGGUCGAAGAAUGUGGGACAAGUGACCAUGAGUGGGUUAAGGAUUUGUACACGAAGAAGUCUAGCUGGGCAACGGCAUACAUUCGUGGUUCUUUCUUUGCAGGGAUAAGGACAACCUCCCGGUGUGAGUCAUUGCAUGCAAAGCUUGGUCGCUUUGUUGAGAAGAGAUAUGGAGUCCUAGAUUUUGUCACAAACUUCCAGCGAUGUGUUGAUUUUCUCAGAGACAAUGAGGACGAGCUAGAGUUUCGUUCAUCUUAUGGCACCCCAGUCAUUCAGACUCAGUUUCCAGAGUUAGAAAAGUCAGAUGCGUUGUGUUAUACAAGGGAAAUUUUUGUUAGAUAUCGUGAGUCUCUAAAACGGUUGGUUCGUGUUACGAUUGUGGAGUGCAUCGAAGCAGAUGAUAUUUGCGUUUACAUCACACAGAAAUAUCGUCGGCCGGAUAGGACAUGGAAUGUCACGCAGAAUUCAUCACAGGACACAUUUCAUUGUACUUGUCUCAGAAUGGAGUCCUUUGGCCUCCCUUGUGUACAUAUCAUUGCUGUUCUUGUUCGGUUAGACAUUACUUCGCUUCCCAAUAGUCUGGUUCUGCCGCGGUGGUCCAAGAUAGCGAGAAUGGAUUUGUGCCGGGAUAGGGUAUGUAACCCACACAUUGAUCCAGAAGCAACUUAUCGGGCAAGGAUUAGAGCCCUACUUCAACACUGUAAGCAGCGUUUUGCAAAGGUUGCUUGUAUGAGGGAGGAAGACUAUAAAACAUAUUGUCAAAAGGUUGUGCAUGAGACAAAUAUGUUGGAAAUAAAGAAUGGAUUGCAAUGUCAAGCUACAAGCACGCAUUCUGUACCCUGGGAAGGGGGAGUAAAGGACCCAAUAGGCGUUAGGACGAAGGGAACCGGCAGAGGCAACGAACCUGCAGGGUCUAGAGGCAUUAAGCGAAGGAGAUGCAGCACCUGCGGCGUUCUCGGGCAUCGUAGGACGCGAUGUCCAAAUGGGCCCACACCAUCGCGGCAAUGUGCUCAGGAGCCGGAUAUACAUCCUUCAACAGAGACAUUUGAAACAGCAAGUCUAAACCCAUUCAGAAAUGAUACUACAUUCUAAGUUUCCUGAGGUUUACGUAUUGGAAUUGGAUACAUAUUUAUAAACUUCGCACUGAGUGGUAGAUUUUAAGGACAAGGUAAUGUGAAUCGCGUAUCUUGUGGCCAUGUAAUGGCUAUUACACUUUUUCAAAACAUUCUCAAUUUUA